AUGCAGGAUCUGAAGACAGCGCUCCUUGGAGGAGCGAAGGAGAUACUAAGAUCUGACGAAAGAUGCUUGGAAAUCGCCAAGGAAGCUGAGGAAGUAGCUCGAUAUCUCGCUCAUCAUCUUGACGAGAGGGAGGAUUUUGUGGAUUUGAAUGAACAUCAAACGAUCUUCGACGCCCUCGCAUCAUGCUGGAAGGGUUUGGCGGAAUCCUUUGAUCCUUCUUCCAAAGCUGGUAGUAGUUCCAAAGGAUUCGCAUCUGAAGAUUCUAGAAUACAACUUGCUUUAGCCUUAGGUAAAUUAGAAAGGAAUUUGAUAGCUGGUAUAAAGGAAUAUCAAGAUACAGCAGAAAUACAUGAAGUAGAUAUUAGAAAAUUGAUAUUUAACGUUACCACAUUUGUCAGAAUCGAGGAUGACAGAUUCUUCGUACUUCAAUCUGUUCUCGCACAGCUAUUGUGUAAUCUCAUCUCUCCGUCAUCGUCUCAAGAAGGAGCGGAUCAUCUGGCGGACAAGUAUCUCCGAUUAUACCUUUCUGGAAAACGAGAAGGCGACGUGAUCAUUCGACUACUCGAUUCAAGAGAUACCAAGACGAAUCAUGCGACUUUACAUUUACUUAACAAUAUGGUAAGAGAUAGUCAAGAUAGAUUGAAAUUGUUACUUUGUGAAAGUGGGAUACGAUGGUUGGCGAAGAUACUUAACCGGAUGGAGCAAUGGGUUGAAAUACAAGAUGGUCUAUUCGAACUUGGCGCGUCAAUAUUCAAUUCAUUCAUUAGUCUAUCACUUCAUCCUAGAUUAUUUGAACUUCUCGGUUCUUCGAAUGAGGUUAUAACACCUUCUCAAACCAUUCUAUUAAAGAUUCUAGACUCUUAUAUAACAUCUUCUCCUCCUCCAUCGCCAAUACCGAGUCCUAGUCCACAUCUAUUCCUUCUACCAUUAUUUCACAAUUUGAGUGUAUACGUUUCAGGUAGUAUAGGAUCAGGACAAGAUGAUCCUAGAUUACCGAAAGUGUUUGAAGGGUUGAUACUGGUUUGUGAAGGUUUAAGUGCUAUUGGUUUAGCUGUACAGUCAAGGAAAGAUAAUGGUGAAUCAAUGAAGAAAGGAGGAGAUGAACAGAUGGUCGGAGUAAUGAAAAGUGAUGAACAAAGCAAAGGUGUAGUGAAACCUAUUAUAGAUCUACUUCGAUCUCUUGAUUCAUUCUUCCCACGUAUCAACCCUCGAUCCCAAACGUCUUCCCCAUCCACGGCGACGACGAUAAAAGAUGAGCUGAAACCAUUCUCACAAUUAAAACGAAACUUGGUUGAGUUACUAGGUAUAUUGACUUUCAAAGAUAUCUCCGUGGGAAACCAAGUCAGAGAAUAUCAAGGCAUUCAAUUGAUAUUAGGCAUGACUGAGAUUGAUGAGAAUAAUCCUUAUCUUCGAGAACAUGCUUUGCUGUGUGUGAGAAAUCUCAUGCUUGACAAUCCUGCAAAUCAAGCUAUAAUCACUCGGAUGGAUCCUAUCGGAGUUCUUUCACCUGAAAAUGGCGAAUUACUACCUGUACCAGAGAAGAUGAAAAGGAAGUAG